ACUCAAGAAGAACUGGACCACAUUGCAUACAUACAGAAACUUGCUGAACAAGACCAGUUGUCCUUGUUCCCAGGAUCUUUUGUGUCUGAUAGCGCCCAGGAUAGAACAGCAAACAACGAAGAAGCGACUGAGAGCAAAAGCGCAUUGGAGCCUACGUUGCCAAAGUCUGAGCUUACUCAGGAAGAACUGGAUCACAUAGCUUACAUUCAAAAGCUGGCAGAAGAUUCUUCACUAGCACAUCCAGCGCCGCAGACGUCCUCUUUACCUGCGUACACAGAAGCGCCUCCUGCUGAAGAGGCGACAGACGCGGCGAGUGUACAGCUUACACAGGAAGAGCUGGACCACAUUGCAUAUAUACAGAGACUGGCAGAAGAAUCCCAGAUAGAAUUCAGACCAAAAGCGGAAAACCUAGCUGAAGUCAGUGCGAUCACGGAAACAGGACCCGCCAUCACUGAUCUCGAAGAAACUCUCCAUCGCGAACUCAGUGCAGAUGAAGAUUCUGGGGAAACUUCUGUAGCUGAUGAUCAAUCGACAUCAUACGCAUCUUCUCCUGAGGGACUCACACCGGGACACAGUGAACAACAAGAUGUUGACUACAUUGAAGAUCAACCUAAUAACAUCUAUAGCAACGAGGAUACCAUGGAAAUACCAGCGGAGAUGCAUGAUGUAGAUGAUGACGUGAUCUCAUCCCCUCCGCCCCUUGAAAAUUACUCAGCAGAAGACAGAAUUGAACAACCUGAAUCGCUGGCGUCUGACGUCAAAGCUGCUGAUUCAGCUGUUUUAGAUACUGUACAAGCACCUGGCGUAGAUUUGGCAGCUGCGUUGUCAACUACAAUGGAGCCUUUGACUAAUCUUGCACACCAGGAAGAUGAACUCACCGAUGCGAAGUCGGAGCAAGACUCGAUGUCCCAAAUGUUGCCUAAGCGCGGAUACUCGAUCUCGGAUGACAGUCGAACCAUCAUUGACACGAUACCGCAACCGAAAGACCUCGAUAUAGAAGUUGCUAAAGAAGAGGUGGAUGACAAUGAGAGCGCCACUUCUGGAGCUGAUGAGGCUUCUCCUAGCGCAUCAUCCCCUGGAGCCAUUAUGCCAGAAGAACCAGAUGAUGUUACAAACGUUGGAAUUGUAGUUACAGAAACCGAAGAAGCACAGGAACCUGCAGAUGAAGCGCCAAGAAGUUACCAGCUAACUGAGACGCUCACAGAGUCAGUAGCAGAAUCGCAGCUUGCAGAAGGAGCCAGUGAGGUUGCCGAGCCAGCUGAAGUGAGUGAAGUUCCCGAAGAAGAAACAAACGCUGAGUCGGAAACCACAUCUGGAGCAGACCAAAUGUCCCCUUCAGACGCUACUUCUCCAGUAGAAGAUUACCAACGUUACGGCGAAGUAGCUUCAUUGCCAAGAAGUGUCGAUGAAAGGGAAGAGUUUCCCGUGGUAACAUCUAGGAAGACAGAUACUGAACUUGCAUCGCCAGAGUUUGAAGAACGACACCAACCUAUCGCGUCAUCGCUGCAAAAUUUAUGGGAACCAGAAUCUUCUGAGGAUGAACCUCCUAGGCCUUCUACGCUGGAAGCAGCUACUUCCAAUCAGCUCAUACAAGAGGAACUGGAUCACAUCGCAUAUAUACAAAAAUUAGCAGAUGAAGCAUUACAUGACCAGACAAAACAACAACCUAUUUCACAGAAUGUCACAGCUACUGCUGAUAUUAAGUCACCAGCAAAAGCUCGUGUCUUUGAAGAACUGAUCCAGGAAGAUAAUGACGAUGAGGAGGAAUCAGAGGCUACUUCAGGAGCUGAUCAACCGUCACUAUCUGGUGUUUCAUCUCUAGAGGAAGAUGAUAUCCCAGUCAGA